CCCGGUCCCUCCUCCGGGCCAGCGGUGGUGGCCGGCGACUCCCCCGCGCCUUCUUUCCAGCCUGGCCGCCCUGAGGCCGCGGCCGGGCAGCUGUUGCAUCGCGAGGGGGCAGCUGCGGAGUCCCAUAACCAUAGCAACCGCAUCAGCACCGCGGCGGCGGCCGGGGCAGCAGCCUCUCGCUCCUCCUGCGGGCAGCGGCGGCGCCGUGGGGACCCGAGACCCAGCUCGCAGGUGCCCCGACUCGCGGUCCGCCCCCCGCCGUCGCCGUCGCGAGCGGUGGCGGCUGGAGAAGGAGGAAAGAGGCCGGCGAGGGACCCGGAGCGCGACCGAGGGGGUGAGAGGGGAGCCCUGCCGUGGGAGUCAGGUAAUGAACCAAAAAGAUCAUGUCUGAAGUACAAGGAACGGUUGAGUUUUCUGUAGAGCUACAUAAAUUUUAUAAUGUGGAUCUCUUUCAGAGAGGGUAUUACCAGAUCCGAGUGACCUUGAAGGUGUCCUCCAGGAUUCCCCACAGACUGAGUGCCUCCAUCGUUGGGCAGACAGAGAGCAGCAGCCCGCACUCAGCCUGCGUCCACGAGAACACCGUGCUCGGCCGGGUCUUUCAGAUCUUAUACAGGAACGAAGAGGUGCCCAUCAACGACGCUGUGAUCUUCCGAGCUCAUUUGCUCUUAGAUGGUGAAAGGGUGGAGGACGCACUAAGUGAAGUAGAUUUUCAGCUCAAGGUGGACCUGCACUUUACAGACAGCGAACAACAGCUGAGGGACGUGGCCGGGGCACCCAUGAUCAGCAGCCGCACGCUGGGGCUGCACUUCCACCCGUGGAGAGGUCUGCACCACCAGGUGCCCGUCAUGUUCGACUACUUCCACCUGUCGGUGAUCUCCGUGACCGUCCACGCCGCCCUCGUGGCUCUGCAGCAGCCGCUGACCAGUUUUACUCGUCCAGGAAGAGGCUCGUGGCUUGGUAAAGGUGGCCCAGAUGCAGGAACAGAGCAGUCCAGCAUUUCCCUGGAAAACCUGGUCUUCGGAGCUGGAUACUGCAAGCCGACUUCCUCGGAGGGAAGCUUCUAUGUGCCCUCAGAGAACUGCAUGCAACACGCAUACAAGUGGCACCGGGACCUGUGCCACCUGCUCUUAAAUGCCCACCGGGGCCUUCGCGCCUACUUCCUUGUCAUCAUGAGGGACAUCCCGGAGCUGCCACACAUGGAGCUGGAGGCCCUUGCUGUUGAAGAAACACUCUCUCAGCUGUGUUCAGGGCUACAGAUGUUGAACAAUCCAGAGAAAAUAGCUGAGCAGAUAAGUAAGGACCUUGCCUGGCUGGCCUCCCACCUGAUGGCUCUGUGGACCCAGUUCCUGGACACGGUCACCCUGCACUCCCAAGUGACCACUUAUCUCACCCAGGAACAUCACACCUUGAGGGUCCGAAGGUUUUCUGAGGCCUUCUUUUACAUGGAGCACCAAAAACUUGCAGUCCUGACCUUUCAGGAAAAUCUGACGCAGACCCACAGCCAGCUGUCCCUGGACGUGCGGAACUCAGAGUACCUCAGCAGCCUGCCCCCGCUGCCCGCAGAGUGCCUGGACAUCGACGGCGACUGGAACACGCUGCCCGUCAUCUUCGAGGACCGCUACGUGGACAGCCCUGCGGCAGGGCAUGAGUUGAGUGUUUACCCUAAUUUUGAUGUUCCAGUGAUAAGUCCCACAAAAGCGACUCUACAAGACAGAGAAGAGAACCACGCUGUCAACAGCAAAUCAUCUUUCAGGGAAGACCUUGUCUUGCUCUCCCGGAAGCCACCCCAGAUGGACUCUGGUGAGCCUGUUAUCAGAGCUCUGGAUCCAGGUGAGGAUGUUACCACACCAGAUCGUGCAAACCUGUGCUCUGAAUCUCAGGUGUAUCUGACAAUUGGUGAACUCCAGGACAAAGCAGGUUUGCCAGAAGAAGAAUGUUGGUCUGAUGUUGGAGCACAUCUGCUGGCUGAUAGAGACGUGCCCAGAAGGAGUCCCGGCCCGGAGGAUGCCCAGGGCCCAGCACUGACCUACCUUGAUGUGAAAUCAAGCAAUAAGAAUCCCCCUGGAGCUGAGUUUGCGGUGGCCAUGCACGCUCGGCCUGAGAGCGGGGCCUCUGGAGAGAACUGUGAAUUCGACAGAGUUGUGCAAAGCAAAGUGGCAGCAGGGAGAAGCCAUCGGAAUGCCGUCUCUUCAGACAAAACAGCGCCCCAUGAAUUCAGCACCCUUGGAAAGGGAGCAGACCGAGAGGGAAGGACAGUGCUGCUGAGUCCGAAACCCAUCCCGACGGAGCCCUGUGAUCUGCUAAGCUCCGCUCUGAGGGACCCCAUGGACACUCGGUCUUCCCCAAAGGACCCUCACCCAGAGGAGCAGGAGGAGGGGUCGGUACUAUCUGGGGCCAUCAAGAGAUCUUCCUCCAUCAUAUCUGAUUCGGGCAUUGAGAGUGAGCCAAGCUCAGUGGCCUGGUCCGAGGCGCGGAGCCGGGCCCUCGAGCUGCCCAGCGAUCGGGAAGUCUUGCACCAGCUGGUUCGCAGGCAUGCCCUCCAUAGGAACUCCUUAGAGGGCGGGCACACAGAGAGCAACACAAGUUUGCCAAGUGGCAUCCAGGCUUCUCUCACCUCCAUCAGCUCUUUGCCUUUCGAGGAGGAGGAGCGGGAGUUGGCACUCACCAAGCUGACCAAGUCUGUAUCUGCACCCCAAAUCAGCAGCCCAGAGGAGGCAGCCGAAGAGACAGACACCAGGCAGCGAGGAGGAGGCCUGGAGGCUCCAGAGAUGCAUGUCCAGGGCACAGAUUCCCCUGGAAACUGCUCUCAACUUUGUGGUGGCUCCAUAAUCCAGGAUGCAGGAGCUGCCCAUUCCCUUGCAGAGAUAAUUUUGGAUGCUGAUGACCAUCAGGGUCCUGGUUAUAUAGACAUCCCCAAAGGUAAAGAAAGUCAGGUUGAUCCUCAAAGACCCUGCAGUCUUGAUGGCAGAACUGAGGACCCUCCAGGUGUUGAAACCAAAGGUUUUUUAACAAUACCACGUCUCAUAGCACUUGAGACCCCUGGGAACAGAUCUUUUCAUAGAGCACUAUUGGAGACCCCAGAGGCCAUGCCCAAAGACUUGAACAUGGGGAAAGGAGCUCUUUCCAGCAGCAGCAUGUCGGAUGUUGAGGAUGUCUCCCCCCAUCAGGUGCCUGAACUGAGCUGCCCCCCAGCAGUGGAAGCUAUCGAGCUGGAUCCAACAGCAGAGCAAAAUGACUUGCCUUGCAUCACUGAUGCCACGGUGUUUAAUACGGCAGCUGAUGCCUUCCCGGAGCUUGAGCCUAAAGCAGAAACUGUGUGCCCCACUGGGACUCACUCCAUCCACUCCCAAGUGUCUGGAAACCAAGAGCCGAACUCAGGCCCUUCUGUCAUGGCUCCCCCCCUGCCCCCUCCAGAGACCUUCCCCCUGGACAGCCGGAAGGCAGUGGAAGUGGUCAACUUAUCCGUGUCUUGCACGGCCACCUGCCUCCCAUUCUCAUCUGUGCCCAAGGAGACCCCGGCCCGGGCUGGGUUUUCCUCCAAACAGACCCUAUUUCCUAUCACGCAUCAACCUUUGGGCUCCUUUGGAGUUGUGUCUACCCAGACCAGCAAGCUGGAGGAAGGAGUCAGUGAAAGGAUGUUUAGUUUUUAUCAGGCCAAAGAAAAAUUUAAAAAAGAACUGAAGAUUGAAGGAUUUCUGUACAGUGACUUAACUGUACUAGCUUCUGAUAUACCAUAUUUCCCACCAGAGGAAGAGGAAGAAAAUUUGGAAGAUGGGAUUCACCUGGUUGUCUGUGUCCAUGGUCUGGAUGGGAACAGUGCAGAUCUCCGGCUGGUAAAGACUUUCAUAGAACUGGGGCUCCCUGGAGGAAAACUGGACUUCCUAAUGUCUGAAAAGAAUCAGACGGACACAUUUGCAGAUUUUGAUACCAUGACGGAUCGGUUAUUGGACGAAAUAAUUCAGCACAUUCAGCUGUACAACCUCUCCAUAUCCCGAAUUAGCUUCAUCGGCCACUCUCUUGGAAACAUCAUCAUCCGGUCGGUCCUGACCCGGCCCCGGUUUCGGUAUUACCUCAACAAGCUCCACACCUUCCUGUCGCUCUCGGGACCUCAUCUGGGAACCCUGUACAACAACAGUGCCCUGGUCAGCACAGGCUUGUGGCUCAUGCAGAAGUUGAAGAAAUCUGGGUCCCUUUUGCAGCUGACCUUCAGGGAUAAUGCUGAUUUGCGCAAAUGUUUCCUUUACCAACUGAGCCAAAAAACAGGGCUGCAGUAUUUUAAAAAUGUCGUGCUGGUUGCUUCUCCCCAAGACCGCUAUGUGCCAUUUCAUUCAGCCAGGAUCGAAAUGUGUAAAACUGCCCUCAAGGAUAGACACACAGGGCCAGUUUAUGUGGAAAUGAUCAACAACCUUCUCGGCCCUCUGGCUGAAGCCAAGGACUGCACUUUAAUUCGACACAACGUGUUCCACGCCCUGCCAAACACUGCCAACACCCUCAUCGGCCGAGCGGCUCACAUCGCCGUGCUGGACUCAGAACUCUUCCUGGAGAAGUUUUUCUUGGUGGCCGGACUCAACUACUUCAAGUAGCGGCUUUGAGGGAUCAGGCCUUGGGUAACUUGCCAGAAAUGUCUAGAACCAGCUGAGAGUGUCAGCAGAGACGUGCUUUGAGAGACCUCUGCCGUAUUGGGGUAGAGCCCAAAGAAGAAGGCAUCGCAGGAUGGAGGGUGGGUGGGGCUGGGCGUGAAGGCUGUUUCCAUUUGGGAGAUCUGGGAAAGCUGAGCAAACAGGGGAAGGGGCAACAAACCUGGCUGUAAUUUGUCUAGCCACCUGAAGUCUCAUUCAAGAUGCUUUCUGGGAAAAAGAUGAAAAUAAAGACAGAAUGCUUGGAGAGGGUUGGUGAGCCUGACUUGGUAACCACCACUGGCCCACAGAUGGAUUGCUCCAAUUAAUUAGAUUUGUCCAACAUGUUACUAGCUCAUAGCUUUAUUAUUUUUGAUUAAAUCAAGUGCGCACAAGCAUUUCAGAACUCAGGUUAAACUCUGUGCAGAAGCUGAACAUAUUUGUGUAAAUAUAAUCCCUAUUAGAUUCGAAUGUGCCACUUGUUCGAGACGAUGUGAUGUCCGUAUUCUUAUUCUCUCUUUAUGUUUUCUCAACAAGAGAAAAGGAAUGCUUUAUAAAUCCCAAUUUUAUUUCAUAAGAGCAGUGGGGAGGGGGUGGGAUUUAAGAUAAAGGGGGGAUAAACACAUUGAUAUCAGUAAAUGCAAGUUUAUUACAGACAAAAAUAACCAUACGGAACAUGUUGAAUUAAUUGUUUCACCUACUUCCCCAGACUUUUUCUGUGUGGAGUCCUGGUCCAUGGAGUAUUUUUGUGAUUGCUUAAAUCUCUGUCUGCAGUAGGGAACAUGGACUCAGACUAAACCUAGCAGAAGGGGGCACUGAGAUUAACGCAUGCAUGUGUGAAGCUCCUGCUGAUACACUUCCAAAGAAAUGCUAUGUUAGCAUUUGAUGCAACUGCAAAAAAUUAAAACCAUGAACAUGGCCAGCAGUUUCUCCUCCCUGUGGAAGGAGAAAGACAUCUGAACGGAGGACUGCUGGAUUUAAAACUCAGGGGGGCUCUAAGAAGGGUGCUGGUUAUCUUCCAAUAGAAAUGUCUUCUUGCCUUAGGAAAAUAAAGGGCUAGGAACGGUCACUGUAGAUCAAAACCAAGAGAGAACAGGGAUAAAGGUGAGAUCAGAGAGAACAACAGCCACACCAAGGACGCAACUUGAACCAUUAUUGGUUAAGUGACUUAAGGGGAAGUGUUGGAGAUCACAGUGGAGACCAUCAUCGCAGAAACUGAGUACACUGUGUUGGCUAAAGGAAGCCUAGAGAACGGUGUGGUUGCACUAAAGGAACAUGUUGGCCGGAGCAGCAGGGAUGACUGACACAGGAAAGCCUUCUGGAAGAUUUGUGGAUGUCUUUCAAAUAAAAUUUAAAACAAACAAACAGAUUAAAAACAAACAAGCGGGACCAAGUUGAAUGCUCUACAAAGGCAGUUUUCCACCCAAUGGAUUUAGGGUUUUCCUGUGAGUCCUCUCUGAACUUUCAUUACAUCCUAGUCUUAAUACAUUUGGAUCAGUAAGUCCUGUAGCCACUUUCCCACUGGGUAAUCUUCCAAGUUCUCCAGUUUGUGCUGGGCAUAGACCCUGGUUGUCCAUGAGCAGUGCCACUGCCGUGCUGUGGCGCGGGAGGAAUUUGCUGGGUUUCCUGGCCUAGACAAGUGCCCAUGCUCAGGGCGGGACCAUCAGUUUGUAGCCACACAAGGAGCCCUGCCCCUCUGAUGGGCUCAUUUCAUUCUGUGUUUCCAAGUCCCAUCAGCGACAUUUGUCAUUCCCUGGUCAUGUGAGAGACCACGUAACCAGCAGUCACGGAACCAAGAUGAAUCCAAUCAGUGGUCAUCGUCUUUUCAAAUAACCAGAUGCCAUUUUUAACUUCAGUCUGCUGUCUGGACAUAGGGAGAACUAAUGGCAAUAAACGUCCAGUCCAGCCGUACAGUGCACCUCCCUUUUAUAGGGGUGCUCUGCUGUCUUUGUAAACCCACUCUGGCCUCUGAGCAUCUAUUGUAAUUGUGUAGUAUGUACACCUCUAUAUUGUAAAUAAGAGUGUCAAAUGUGUGUCAUGCCUCAUUUGAAAAGGCUCUUUUAUGUCUCUUUCUAUUGAAGUAUAGAUAUAUAAUAUAUAUAUAUAUAUAUACGUAAAAGUAAAUAUAUACACAUAUAAUGUAAAGCAGGGACAUUCUAUUAUUGAUUAUAAAAAUUAUAAACAAAAUGCCUGCCAAGAUAAUGGUCUAGUAUGUCUUCAUUCUCAGCAUAAUUUUUUUUUCUUUGUUGUUAUUUUUGUUAAGUUUCCCCACACCAGUUAGGAAUAAAUGUUACUAAUAUUGAGAUUAACUGAACUUUGUUACUCAUGACCCAACUAAAUCCAGAAAAGCUGAUGUGAACCUAAGGUAACCCUGGGCCUAAUUAAAUACCUCCAUGGCUAGUUGAAAGCAGUUGGGAUGCUAUGGACCUGGGAGAAGGUGGGGAGGAAAACAUCUUCUGUUGGUUUCUGUAGUUCAUAGAUGUUGACUAAGCAACUACGUUCUUGCCAGAUGGGAGCAUAAACGUAGAAUGCACAGUGCCUUCUCUCAAAGAACUCAAGGAAGAUCUAGAGUUAUUAUUACGAUGUGAUGUACUUAGGGCUCUGAUGAGGCCUAGACAAGGUGCAAGGUGGUCCAAGAAGAAUAGCAGGUCUCCAUUGCCUGGGGAAGACUGAGAAGGAUCCUUGAAACCCAGACAUUUGCCCUGCACAGCCAGUCAACACCAAGUGCACUCACUUAUCAAAUCAUUCAUUAAUUCAACAAAUAUGUAUGGGCCUACUAUGUGCCAGGAGUGUACUGCAAGAUACAGUAGCUCACAGUCUAGCAAGGGAUCUGGCCCCUUGAGAGGGAAAUUAAAGCAGGGAGGCACCAUGGUAGGGACAGGGCUUCCAUGGGUGCACAGAGGAGAGUGUCAAACCCACACUGGAGACGUGGGGUAGGGGUGGUCAGGGAAGUCCUCAUGGGGAAGUUGGUGUCUAUGGUGGGACACAAGAAUGGAUGAGACUGGUCAGGUGAAGGGCAGGUGGUGGGGGGUGGGGGUCAUUCAGAGAGGGAACAUAGGACCAAAGGCCAUAAGGAGAAGGAACCAGGAACAUUGGGUGGACUUGAAAGGCAGGUGGAGAAUAGGCUUGAGUAAAAGAAUGACCAAAAAAACAGGCUUGAGAAGUCAUCAGUGGCAAUUUUUUUUUGUGGCAAAUUUCUGGGGGAAAUUUCAAGUGUUAAAACUUGUAGGGAAAUUUCCAGUCAGAAAUGAGGGUCCUGUGGGAAACCAAAUUCAUACUCUCCAUCAUCAAUCUCUGUCCAAGGUGGACUCUGCAGGGGACACCUGUCCCCUCUUGUGUUGUGAGAAGACCAGGGCCACCUUCUUUUCCUUUUGAGGAGCAUGGCACAUCUGUCUGCUGGGUUCCUCUCAUGGAGAAGAGCUGGAACGAAUGGCAUCCCAUAAAAAGGCCAAAUGGAGGGAACGAGGGUUUGGUUAAAGUGAUGAUGAUGAUGAUGGUGAUGAUGCAUGGAAGCAAUCAAAUGAAAUUCCUAAGUUGGUAUUUGAAGGGACCAUGCUAACUGUUCUUGGAUCAUAUGUUUAUUACACAGGAAAGGCAUUUAUUUAAUCUUACUCCUAAGUUUACAGUUGGGCAAUCUGUGGCUCUGCAAGGGUGAAGUAACUUGCUCAAAACUACAGUACUUCAUUCGGUCAAAUAUGUCCUGACAAAAUGCCACAUGUCAAGCACUGGUCAUAAUGUGAAAAAACAGAAUAGAAAAGAAAACCAUCCCAUCCUCAUGGAGUGUACACCAUGGGUAGGGAGAUGGUGAACAGGAAAUUGUAAGCGUGUUGAGUGUGGCAAAGGCCAAGUUCAGAGAUGAACCAAGGGGAGGACCAACAGAGUACAUUCAUGGCAAAAAACAAACUAGAAAUAAUAGCAUAUGACUCUGGUUCCUCUGUAAAAAAGAAAACAAUUAAAUGCAGCGACAGGAGAGAAGUAUCCCUCAUUUGUGGAAGGUGAUAGCAUACCUCUCCAGGUAGUCCUAGCAUGUGGCAAUUGAUUAAAAAGCCUGCUUUUAGGUAUUUUCAAGGUCCCCAGAUGACAUUGCCGCUUAAUUUGUUUAUGUUUUUUGACACAUUGUUUGCUUUGGUGUCAGAGAGCAUAUUUCUGAGCAUGUGCAAUGACCAGGGCUGCUGCAUGCAGCUGCACAAUUUGUGUAGAAAAGAAAAUAGAAGUAGAACUGUGUUUUCUUGCAUCUGUCUUGCAAGGUAUCCAUCUCAAUGUCAUAGGGAGGAAGGAGGUCAGUCUUGAAUUAUUAGAGCCAAGCGCCAUAUUCUAACAUCUGGAUUAUUCCUUUAAAUUGGUUCAUUCACGUAUUCAUUCUUGUCUUACUGAACAUCUAUUAUGUAUUGAACACUGUGCAAGUUUAUGGAGCUAUAAAUAUAAAUCACAAAAUCCUAAACACUGAAAAGAUCCAGAAGAAUAAUAAAACAUUUCAUUUGUAUCUAUUAGAUUUAAUUUAAAAUCAUGGGAGCUCAGAAUUGGAAGAAGAACAAUGGGUUGUUUAAUCUAGACUCUGUCUGAUGUUUAGCGUCCUGGGUUGUGCUCUUAAAACCUACACCUGACCACAUGAGUCUCAAAGGAUGACAAAGCUAGGGUAUACCAUGGAGAUAUUACAGACAAUAGAGUAUGCAGUGUUUUUUUGAAAAAAUGUAGAUAAAAACAUACCAACCACGAAGAUUCUCAAAAUCUUUAGGAUGCCUUCCCAAAUCUUUCUGUGUCCCUUCCUCCUUUACAUUUUUUAAAACUUUUUUCUUUACAUUUUUUGCCUUUUUAACUUUGUUAUCAAAGGCACCUGGUAAUUAUGCUAGGGAUAUCAGGAUAGAGGACAUUAUGGAAAAAUCUAGAAAAGAAUAGUUGAACAUUUCCCAGUGCCUCUUUUUAUGCUGAAAAGUAAUAAUGCACUUUAUUUUCAGUGGGACAAACUCUGUAAAUCAAUUUCAAUUUGAGGAAAGGUCCUAGUGCCUUCUGUUACACAAAGAAAAGCCCUGAUUAUACAGAACUGGGCUUCUCGACCAAUGGAAACGUGUGGGUGUUGCUGGGUAAUGCUUUGUUAAUCUCUAAACCAAAUUAUUGCCUAUAUUUGAUCUUCUCUUCACAAUAUUUGAUCUUCUCUUGACAAUCAACUUAAAAGGUAGAGAGAAUGUAUCUUCAUUUCAUAGGUGUAGAUAAAGUCAUAUGGCUUUAAAUACAAUCCUCAAACCCAAAAUUUCAUGACUGGUCACAGACUCAUUUCCCUUUUUAACGUAUGAAGGAACAGGGGAUGGAAAUAACAUACAAUGCUCAACUUUCUUUUGCUAGGUUUCUUGCACAUAUCGUUUCUUUUAAUCUUCAAAACCCUCAUAACAUACAAAUGAUCCUGGGAGAAGUAAAGUAAUUUCCCUAGGAUCGCACAGCUCAGCAGUAGCGGUAUAAGGAUUUGAACCCAGAGCCUCCACUAUCCUUUAUGCUAUGAAGCCUCCAACUCAGAGAAGUUAAUUAAUUGUCAAGAGUCACACAUCUUGCUAAAUGACAGCCAGGAACCAAAUCUACAUCUCCUAAUUCACUGUCUUACGAUCUUACUAUUACACCGCACUGCUAUUUCAGACACCUGCAUAACCAAAUAAAUUCGAUGGCAAAAGGAAAACUAGGUCAAUGAAAAGGGUGGUUUUGUAAAGCAUUAUCAAUAAGCAUCAUCAUGAUUGGCUGACUGUUCCAUUCUUGGUUGGUCAUCUGUGUUUCUCAAUUACUGUGUCUCAAGGUUCUCUUUUCUCCUACUAGCCCAAAGUCCCUUUGCCCUGAACACAAAGUCUUUCCUUCCAUGGCGGUCCCAGAGCACAUUCUUAUGUCUACACCUCCUGCUGCCUGCAUCCUCGCGUUGGAAUGCCUGAUCAUAGUAAUCCAGGAAUCAACUCCCUGUCCUAUAGAGUUUGAAUCUGUACUAAAUCGUUCCUGGGGUGGAGACCCUUCCCCAGGGUGAACCUGGGCUCGAUGCCUUGCUGUGGGAGCUAAGUGCUCCUGUGGCCCCUGAACCCACUUUUCUGCCAUCCCUCAUCACGGUAUCUUUAUCUGUGUACUUGUAGGUCUCCUGCAUUUGAAUACGUGCUCCUCAAGAGCAGGAGCUCUGUCUAACCCAUCCACGUGUCCCUGCUUCUCCACCCAGUGCCUGGCACAAAGUGGGGUUCAAUAAGUUGCGAUAAGUCUCGCAGUGCAGGGUGAGUUGUUUUGUGAAAGUUCAAGUUUCUGUUUUUGGUUGUUUUCCUCCUAGCCCCUCAUUCCAUCCACAGCAACUGAUUCUAAUGCAAAAAAGUUCUGACAUUGGCUCCUGUUUACCCUCUAAGCUUCUGAAUUUGCAAGAAGAAAAUGGUUUCAAGAUAUAAGAGACCACAGUGGUAGUUUGGGGUAAUGGGAAGAGACACUCUAUCUCUGGGCCUCAGUUUCAUUAUCUGUCAAAUUGGUUUGAAAACACCUACUGGGAAGGGAGUUGGGGGCUCUGCAUGAGAAAGGAAACAUAGUUUCUGGACAGCACCUUUCAUAGAGCAGGGAUUUUUGGGGGUAGCUUAAGGAUAUUUUAAAGGUUGGUUGUAAUAAAUUCGGAGAUUUUCCUGAUGAACUCAAAGUGGUUCAUGCUUGUACUAAUUCAUUUUAUCCUGAGGGAGAUUACCUUGUUGAAACUUCAAUGGCUUAAGCUUCCAGCAGUCAAACCAUUCCAUUUUGACUGCAGGAGACUUCAAAGUGGAGUUUUAGAAAGUCAAUUCAGUGCACGAUUGGACGAUCUGUGUAAUAAAAUGACUUCCUGCUCAGGGCAUUUGGGAAGUAAUUGCUAAGUUUAGAGUUGAGCAGAAAGCACAGCAUGACAUACAGCUGAGAGCAACAUUACAUCUAAUUUAAGGUGUUUGUAAGCUUGAAUUCUGUAAAUGUCACAGAGAAUCUUUUGCAUUUCUUCAAACUGCGAAGAUUUCUUGAACUGUCUUUCAGCCCAAGGUUAGACUUAUUGCAGAAUAUCCUGCUUCAUCCUUCUUGCCCGAGGAAGUUUAGUAUUAACCAAGGCGUGUUCUGAUAACCUGUGCCUAUGUCUUCACUCUUUUCCCCAUUUUAAAGAGUGCACCUCAUUCUGCCCAUAUAGUCUCUUCUCUGAAUGUAACAAUACGAAACUUUGAUUUUUCUUUCCUUUACCAUUUCCCCAAUUUCAACUUCAAAACAUGUUUCUUUUAAACAGUAUUUAUCUUGUCUCUGGCUGUGUGCUAAACACUGGUGGCUACAGAAAUUAAUCAGAUGUGACCCUGACCUUCAAGAAUUUAUAAUUUGGUGGAGGAGUGGAUGUCCCCAUCAUAGUCCAGGCAGGUUAAUGAGGCAGGAGAGCAGGUGGGGACCAUUGUGCGUGGCAUCCUCCCAGGUCCUCUUACAACCACAUCUGCAUCCCUGGCGGUGUGGUCCCAGCCUCCUAUCUGGAAGCAGGAAACCAGGCCAGCGGAGUCACCAUGGUGACAUCAGGUAUGUCACUCUGGUAGGACUUCAAAGCCUCCUUGGGGCUACACUCCCCAGCUGGGCGUCCAGUUUAGGAAACUCACAAAAGGAGAUGAAUGGUCCCUGUUACAACCAGUCUGUGAAGAAACCCUUCCUCGCCACCAGCAUCACACCUGUCUGGACCACAAAGUCCUUGGAUGCUCUGUGCCUCAUCUUUCUGCUUAUUUUCAAAUAAAAAGACAAAAUAGGUUAUCCAAUAAAUAAAAUGCACACCAACAGUGUGCAGAAGCAUGUGCCAUAAGCAGACCUGGCCCAGGGAACCAGUCUGUGGCUUGCAUUUACUCAACAGACAGGACAGGGCUCUAGAACUGAUUUAGUUUUAAUGUGAUGGAUUUAUUUUAUCUUAUGUUGUCUUGUUGCUUUAUUUUUUCUUUCAAAUGUGACUUUCUCUAAGGCAGAUGGUAAGGAGAGGCAGCACCUUGUGGCACGGCCCCUUUCUCCAAAAAAGAACCUGAAUGUACAGCUUGAUGCCACUGUGAACUCCUACCAUGGAUUUAUUCUGGUGACAAUACCUGUAUACAGUAAUUAUAAUCACCUGCAAAUUGUCUGUAAAAUAACAAUAAUAGUAAUAACAAUGUCAUUAUUGCCAAUAUGAUUCCACUAUUUUUCUACAUUUGCUUUUCGGUUGGCAUUUUGUGCAGCUCGCAAUGUGUACAAAUGACAACAACAAUAAUAAAAUC